AUGAACGACGGUGAGACGGCACCACCAGGUCCACCAGCCAGCAGGAGGACGGUGCCGUACAUGUCGCACGAGCUCGUCUCGGAGAUCCUGUCCCGACUGCCCGUCAAGUCGCUGGUGCGGUUCAGCCUCGUGUGCAAGACGUGGCGCGCCACCAUCUCCCGCGACGCCUUCUUCCACCGUGCGCACCUCCACCGCCAGAAGCCAUCGCUGCUCAUCUCCCCGCACACGCAAGAGGAGUACUGGCGCGAUGACGAUGCACCCCUACCCAUGGACAAGGUCGGCUUGUACAGGUGGGAGGCGCACCAGGAGGUCACCACCGCGCCCCUCGUGCACGCCACGGACCUGUCUUCCGACGACCUGAUGCACGGGUUCGCGCACUGCGACGGGCUGCUCCUGCUGCCCUCUGAUGCCGCGGUGCACGUGCUUAACCCCGCCACACACCGCACCCUCACGCUGCCCUGGAGCCCCGGCCACUAG